GCGUGACGUCACAUUGAGCUCUUAUUGUUUCACCGACAUAAAAAUAGCACAAACAGGUUUCCACCGUGGGCUUGACGUUGUUCUUCUGGUUCUCUGAGUCGCACCUUUUGCAUUGACGUGCUGUUUUUCAUUGUGUGGACAGCUGCGCGUUUCACGCGUCUGAUUGCCGCGUGGAUGUUGACCUAAUUGUCUUAUUUACCGUUCUAUUCUUCCAGUGCAAAUAUGGCUCGCACAUCUGCCACCUCUUGGUUCAGAGAGUUGGAUUCACUUCAGGAGAACCUUCACAUCGCGGACUGAGGCGCUUCAAACACACAGCGACAUGAUGCGCGGACUUUCUAGAUGUCCUUUAUUAAUGCGCGCGUGUGGUUUUAUUUAUUCGGUCGUCUUCCUUAAGCACUACGGGAACAGGACACACUGAACUCAUAAAAAACGCAAUGUUGGAAAACUCCAAGGUUUACAUAGAGCUCGGAGUCGCCAAAGCGAAGAGCGCUCCCGAGCCCCUGACUCUCCAAACGUCUCCCGGAGAUGAGAGCGCGACCGAUCUUACCGUGACGGGUAACGGUCCCGAGGCCAAACCCUCCACGAGUUCCCCGAGGUCCGACGGCGAAGCGUUCGAUCUCAACAGGUCCUCUGGAAUCACAGCGGAACGCGUCACCGACAGCAGGAAACACAGCGUGGGAACCAUUUCUGGGACCUCCACGGAUGUGUUCUCUCAAAGUUCGGACAGCAGAUUUUUAGUGACCCCACUGAGCGAUGGCAAGAGAUCUGGCGACGGACCGGCGUGUUUCAGAGCGGUGCGCAGGGCGUUUCUGCGCUGUCUGGAGGAGACGCCGAUCAUGGUUUCGGGAUUAGUGCUGAGCAUCCUCUUCUGCGUCACCAUCAUCAUCAUCAUCCCAUCCACAGGCAGAAAGGUCAGUGAACAUCUGGCAGCGCUGGUGGUUGUGUGUGUGGUGUUGUGCGUCUGCGUGUUUCUGCUCGUCUCGUUGCCGUGUCUGCCGGUGGUCCGGCGGGGCGAGAAGCCGCUGGCGCUCUUUGUCUGGUUCACGCUGCUCAUCAUCGCUGUCGUCUUCAUCUUCACCGGAGGCGCGAUCACGGCGUGGGAACAGGUUGCUUUCUUUCUCUUUCUCUCAUUGGCUGUUUAUACGGUUCUUCCUCUCACGCUCGGGUGGGCUCUGGGUUUCGGCAUUGGAGUGAGUGUUUGUCACGUCAUCAUCAUCAGCGUGUAUGUGUCCGUCACCAGCUCCGACAAAAGCGAUCUGGCCGUGCAGUUGGUGGCAAACGCAGUGUUGUUUGUGUGUGUUAACUGUGUUGGCGUCUUUCACCUGUGGCACACUGAAUGUGCACGCAGAAACUCCACCAAGAAGAGAGAAGAUUUCAGCAAAAAUCGCUCAACACAAGCCAAACAGAAACGUGAUCAGGAGCAUCUCUUGCUCUCGGUGUUACCGCGGUACAUCGCCUUGGAGCUGAAGACAGAAAUCGUCAUGCGUCUGACGGCAAAGGAUGCUGAGGAGAACCGAGCCAAUUUCCACAGUCUUUACAUCAGACAACACAAAGAUGUCAGUAUUCUGUACGCUGAUAUCGUGGGCUUCACGCAGCUCUCCAGCACCUGCAAGCCUGAGGAACUUGUCGGCAUCCUCAACAAACUCUUCGGCCGGUUUGACGACACGGCAAAAAAGAAUGGCUGCUUGCGUAUUAAGAUUCUGGGUGACUGUUAUUACUGCGUGUCGGGUCUUCCGGACCCCAUCCCUCAGCACGCUCGCAACUGUGUUCAGAUGGGUCUAGACAUGUGCACAGCCAUAAAUAAACUGAGGGAAGCCACUGAGGUGAACAUCAACAUGCGAGUCGGCGUUCACACCGGAAACGUUCUCUGCGGCGUCAUUGGACUACAGAAAUGGCAGUAUGAUGUCUGGUCAGAUGACGUGACUCUAGCCAAUCACAUGGAGUCGGGGGGAGUGCCAGGGAGAGUUCACAUCACCGAAGAGACGCUGGCUCAUCUGGACGGGAAAUAUGUGGUGGAGGACGGAAACGCAGGAAGCCGGGAUUCGCGAUUGAUGGGACGAAAAACUUAUCUUGUGAUUGAUCCAUAUACACCAGCAAAGACUAAUGAACUGAAGGUGAAGAACAUACCGAAGCUCAGAGCGUCCGUGAGAAUGUCGCAGUAUCUGAAGAACUGGAAAACCGUCAACCCGUUUUCUGAGCUCAACCAAUCAGACCCCUUACUCACGGCUCCGCCCACAUCCGAUGGUGGAAUCAACCAACCGCAGCCCGCCCGGGAGACGGCACUCGCAGAAACCGCCUCUCACAGACAUUCUAAAGUCCUGCAAAGCGGACCCGUGGAAACAUUAGACGCUCUGGAAGACGAAGGGAGACGAGAGAAAAUCAACUGCCUCACGCUGCUGUUCAACAGUCUGCAGCUGGAGAAGCAGUAUUCUUUCAGUGAGGUCCGCGGUCUCCAUCAGUCCGUUGGGUGUUUGGCCGUCAUCUUCAUCUCGCUGUUCGUGGUUCAGAUGUUGAUCUCAGAAAAAAAUUUUCUUCUGGCAGUGUCGUACGGAGCGACGUUCCCUGUCCAGAUCCUCAUCCUGCUGGUGGUCUGCACUACGCUUCUAAAGCGCUGGAACUCGAAGAUUCCUCCCAGCUUGCACUGGGUGUCAUCGCUGUCAGAUGGUGUGGCCACCAGGGCGGCGCUGCGGCUCCUGCUGGUGUUUCUCUGUGUGCUCAUCACUCUUCUCAUGGCAUUUCUCAACAUUAUUUCAAUCCCGGCUGAUAAGUGCUUAAAUAUAUCCCACAAUACAACAGAACUGAACAAUCUCCAUCUCUACACUUAUCCGUAUUAUGUGUAUUGUUGUCUGUUGGCGAUGUUGAGUGUGAUUGUGUUUGUGCGAGUGUGUUUGUCUGUUAAAGUGUUUCUCUUGACUCUGGCUGUGGUCGUGUACCUCGCGCUCUUCCUUCACGUGUACGUACCGCUAUCAGACUGCUACAUGAGAGAACUCUACACAAACAACAGCACUCCAGGAGUUCUUAAAGAGCCAAAGAUCAUGUCGGGCAUCUGGCUGGUCAUCUUCUACCUCACUUCUCUCAUUGUUGUGCGUCAGGAUGAGUUAGGCAGCAGAACAGAGUUUCUUUUGGAGAAAUGUUUUAAAAGAGAAUCAGAGGAAAUGGAGACGACCAAGAAUGUGAAUAAGCUCCUGCUGCAGAAUUUACUGCCGGGUCACAUCACAGAUUUCUUCAUCGGCAAAGACGUCCCCAACCAGGUAACACAACACGCAAACAAACACACAAUUAAACUCAGAACACAGAUGAUGUGUUGUCAUUGGUUACGUGUGUUAUGUGUGUUUCAGGAUCUGUACGCCAAGUCGUGUGAGUGUGUGUGUGUUCUGUUUGCAUCCGUGCCGCAGUUUUAUAAAGAGUUUUAUAAUGAAAGCAACGAAAACAACGGCGGACUCGAGUGUCUGCGCUUACUCAACGAGAUCAUUUCAGACUUUGAUGAGCUUCUUAACAAGCCAAAGUUCAGUGCUGUUGAAAAGAUUAAAACCAUUGGCAGCACUUACAUGGCAGCAGCCGGACUGACCAAUCCUGCGAAUACAGAGGAGCGACAGGCCAGCGAGUCGUCCUGCAAUCACAUCCGCAGCAUGCUGGACUUCGCUCUUGCUCUGAUGGGACGUCUGGAGAACAUUAACAUGCACUCCUUUAACAACUUUAAAUUGAGAAUCGGUAUAAACCACGGUCCAGUGAUUGCAGGGGUUAUUGGCGCACACAAGCCUCAAUAUGACAUCUGGGGAAACACUGUUAACGUGGCCAGCAGAAUGGACAGCACCGGAGUCCUGGAUAAAAUUCAGGUGACCGCAGAAACAGCACAAGUCGCUCAAACUCAUGGCUAUGGAGUGACUUUGAGAGGAGUGAUCAAUGUGAAGGGAAAAGGAGAGCUGACCACAUACUUCAUCCACACUGACACUUCAGUCCAGAAUCAAACACUUUAGACAAGCAAACAUUGCUUUAUCAAAGACUGCACUCAAGAUAUAGCAAACUUAUAUAUGGAACUGAUGUGCAAACGUUGUGUACGCCCAAAAUAAGCAUUGAAAUGCAAUUUUCCACGCACAUAUCAGGAAGUAUGAAAAUGAACUUAAAGCACUGAUGGUGUUGAUAAAAUCUACGCAAGGUGCAAUACAUGUCACAUUUGAACACGAUUCUGACAUUCAGUGCUUUAACUCAGAUCAUUCAAUUAAAAUCAUUAGCUUGGUCUUGGCACUUUAAAGUCAGCGUAGUCAACUUUUCUCAAUUCCCAAGAUGCUUUAAAUUAAUUUAGGAAUCUAAAACAAAGAUUAUUUUGCUACUUGUGCAUCUAUUUAUUUAUUAACGCCGGUUCGUAUUUAUGUAUUUAAUAUGUGGCGUUGAGUGUAUGUUGGCGUAUAUUAAAGUUUUGCAUAUAAACCAAUUGUUUGUUGUGUUUACACAUUCAUAAUCUAUGUCUGAAGUUAAAAGAUAAAACCUUAUCCUAUACAUGGGUAUGUGCAAUCCCCUGAGGCCUGUUGCACGAAAGUAGAAUUAAGACAUCCGGGAUAAAUGACACAGCUGAGCUCAAUGAAGCCAAAACAUGUGCGUCCAGGCUUAAUUGGUUGCACAAAGACCAAGCCAGGAUGAGCAGACACGGAUUCAUUAAGCCAGGUGAAACCAAUCCUGGAUAGGUGCGCGCUCACGGCUCACUCAAAUAGACCCCGCCACAGAUCACAGAUUAACUGAUUUACCAUGGCAACUAGAGCCGCGUACUUUUCCCCUUCGGAAGCACAAAUCCUCAUGGAGGCAUACGAGGAGGUAAAAGAUAUAAUUAAGAAGAAAGGCAACACCGCCACAGUGAUAAAGCAAAGAGAAAAAGCGUGGCAAAGUAUUGCAGACCGCCUGAAUGCGUAAAUAGUGCACAAUUACACACUCACCGCUCCGCUGAAACAUCACAAUUACAAUUCAAAUAUUUAAUUCACAUCUCCAAAAACGCAGUUCUACUGUAAUUAUGAAACGGUUACAUUUUUAAUUGAAAUGCACCGCAGAUAUGAGUGAAAUUGUGUAAAGUAACUCCAUCACACUGUAUAAAGCUAUGAUAAAUUAUUACUAAAGCCUUACAUUAUUAUUUAACGUUACCACGCUCAGUACGGUUUAAUCUUAGCCGUUGUACUCUGUUUCUUAUGUUUUUGUGUUUCUCCUGCUUUUAUUAAUGUAAAGCUGCUUUGACAGAAUGAAACAAGUGUGAAAAGUGCUAUAUAAAUAAAAUGUAAUUGAUUAAAUAGAUGAUCUAUAAUAAUAAUCACUUUAAUUUAUAUAGUGCCUUUCAAAGGACCCAAGGUCGGUUGCUCACUGCACUGCAAAAAUGUCUUUCUUACUUAGUAUUUUUGUCUUGUUUUCAGUUAAAAAAAAAAAAUAUCUAAAAAAAAAAUCUUAAAUAUUUUCUUGAGCAAAAUUACCUAGGAAAAUAAGCAAAAAAAUCUGCCAGUGAAACAAGAGAACUUUUCUAAAUUUAAGUGUUUAUGGAAAAAGUAAACUAAUUUCAAAAUAAUUUUUCUUAUUAUAUUGACAGAUCUUUUUUGCUUGUUUUAAGCACACAUUUACUUAAAGUUUAUAUUUUUUGUCUAAACUAUACUUAUUUUGCUAGGUCAUUUAGGUGAAUUCUCUGGUGUGUUGCUGCCAGCCUUUUCUCCUGACACCUUUCACAGACCCCCAGGAAGAACAGCAGGCCUACAACCAUGCCCAUGCCAGGACCAGGGCCAGAGUUGAAAUGACCUUUGGCCUCCUGAAGGCACGCUCUCACUGCCUUCACAAAUCAUGGGUCAGCCCUGUUAGGGCAUGUGAUAUUACUGUGGCUUGUGCGGUCCUCCCCAAUGUGGCCUGCCUGAGGAAGGAGAGGACCCCCAGAGUGCCACCAGCCAUGGAAUGGGACAAUCCGGCAAUCUUCCCUGAUGACGACAGUGGUCGGCUGCUGAGGGACCAAUAUGUGUUGAAUUAUUUUAGUUAGUAUGUGUGCUUUCAAUUUUGGUUAAAUAUGUCCUGCGGUGGCAGAGGAAUUUGGGUUUUUUUGGGUUCGUUUUUUUAAGAAUUUGGCCUCUUAUGAUGUGUGUGCGGUAUACUGUGUGUAAUACAAGGCUGCAGGGAGGCUACUGCAUCCAUUCAUUUGUCUGUUCAGUUGAUGUGUAUGGAUUUGUCCUGCAUUUAUUUUAGUGUGCAGACAUGCAGGGUGUGUUAUAUACAGACCUUUGAAUGUAUAUGUAUCAUUUUGUAUAAUAUGCUUUGAUUCUGUGCUUUCCAUCUUGUAGAGUCACUGUGACUUCAGUUUCAAAAGGAGCUGAUGGUUUACCUGCUUUGUUUUGUCCUUAUUCAAUAAAGGAACAUAAUGUUA